CGAGUGCCCCGGCCGCGGUUCCCUGGUAGGCGCUGCGGGCUUCCCGGCUCCCCGCUGCCCCCGGCACCCGGGCGGGCCAUGCGCCCGGGCUAGAGCUUAGCCGCCGGCAUGCCGCUCUCACUGCUGCUUGCCGCGCUCUGCCUCGCUGCCUCCCAGGCGCCCGCGCGAGCCUGCCAGCUGCCUUCAGAGUGGAGACCCCUGAGCGAAGGCUGCCGCGCCGAGCUGGCCGAGACCAUCGUGUAUGCCAAGGUGCUGGCGCUGCACCCCGAGGUGCCCGGCCUCUACAACUACCUGCCGUGGCAGUACCAAGCUGGAGAGGGAGGGCUCUUCUACUCCGCGGAGGUGGAGAUGCUGUGUGACCAGGCGUGGGGCAGUAUGCUGGAGGUGCCCGCCGGCUCCAGGCUCAACCUUACCGGUCUGGGCUACUUCUCCUGCCACUCCCACAUGGUGGUCCAGGACUACUCCUAUUUCUUCUUUGUAAGGAUGGAUGAAAAUUACAAUCUCUUGCCGCACGGAGUCAAUUUCCAAGAUGCCAUCUUUCCAGACACACAGGAGAACAGAAGGAUGUUUUCCAGCCUUUUCCAGUUUGCUAACUGUUCCCAAGGGCAGCAGCUGACAACUUUCUCGAGUGACUGGGAGAUCCAGGAAGACAACAGGGCUUCACAGUUCAAGCAUGAAGACUGUGUGGCUAUGUUAUUAGAACACGGUGCUGACCCAAAUGCUAUGGACAACACUGGGAGCACCGCACUGCACUAUGCUGUUUGGCAUAACAGCACCUCAAUGACAGCCAAACUGCUGGCACACAAUGCCGACUUCAGUAUAAAAAAUGAGGAUAGCUUUACACCACUUACACUGGCUCGAAUGAAAAAUGACAACCUGGCAAAACUUUUAGAAGACCAGAAAGAAAAGAUAAAGGAACUUGAUGAAUUAGAAAGGUCUUCAAAGAAAACUUCCAAUGAAAAAGAAGAGGUCAAAGAACAAGGAAAUCAUAUGCUUGACCUUAAGGAACUAAUAUCAUGUGAGGGAAACUCAAAGGACUGUGAGCAGUACAGUUGUGACACUAUUUUGCAUUUUAUUGAAGAGCUCAUGAGGCAGAGAAAAGAUAUAAAUUCUGAGAUCCUAGUGAAAAUCUGGGGUGCAGUUUAUACAUAUAAAAGAUCAAUAGACUUUGAAAAACAUAACUGUGAACUAAUUGAAGAAGAUUGUGAACGUAUAAGUAAUGAAAUUAUUGCACUGUGAGAGGAGUGGUCUCAACUAGAGAUUGAAAAUGCUGAACUGCAAGAUGAGCUAUGCAGU